UGCCGGGAGGAGGCGCGCCCGGCUCUGUCAGACGCGGAGCAGGGUGAAGGCGAGCGGGCGCUCGGCGUGCGGCGCGGGGAAGCGGGGACCUAGGGUGCGGAGGAGCGGGCUCCCAGGGCACGGGGACCUCCACGGCCGCCCCGGCGGCCCUGUGAGCGGGAUGGGGCUCCGAGCCGCCCGGGGGCCCGGCCCGCCGCCCGCCCUGCCGGGGCUCCCGCCGCUGCUGCUGCUCGCGCUGGCGGCCCGCGGGGUCUGCACCGCGCCCGCGCUCCGCGCGGAGGACCUCAGCCUGGGAGUGGACUGGCUGAGCAGGUUUGGCUACUUGCCCCCAGCAGACCCUGAAACAGGUCAGCUGCAGACACAAGAAGAGCUGUCCAAGGCCAUUGCCACCAUGCAGCGGUUCGGAGGCCUGGAAGCCACUGGCAUCCUGGAUGAGGCCACCUUGGAGCUGAUGAAGACGCCACGCUGCUCCCUCCCUGACCUUUCGCCUGCAGUCCGGGCUAGGAGGAGACGUCAGGCCCCCACCCCCACCAAGUGGAACAAGAGGAACCUGUCAUGGAGGGUCCGCACAUUCCCAAGGGACUCACCCCUGGGCCGCGACACAGUGCGUGCCCUCAUGCACUACGCACUCAAAGUCUGGAGUGACAUCACCCCCCUCAACUUCCACGAGGUGGCGGGCAGCACCGCUGACAUCCAGAUCGACUUCUCCAAGGCCGACCAUAAUGACCCCUACCCGUUCGACGGCCCCGGCGGCACAGUGGCCCAUGCCUUCUUCCCAGGCGACCACCGCAUCGCAGGUGACACCCACUUCGACGAUGAUGAGUCUUGGACCUUCCGCUCCUCAGAUGCCCACAGCAUGGACCUCUUUGCAGUGGCCAUUCACGAGUUUGGCCAUGCCAUCGGGCUGAGCCACGUGGCAGCUGCAAGCUCCAUCAUGCAGCCCUACUACCAGGGCCCAGUGGGUGACCCGCUGCACUAUGGGCUGCCCUAUGAGGACAGGGUGCGCAUCUGGCAAUUGUAUGGCGUGCGGGAGUCCGUGUCCCCCACGGCACAGCCGGACACUCCAGAGCCCGGGGAGCCUCCCCUCCUGCCAGAGCCCACCAACAAUCGAUCCAACAGCCCGCCCAGGAAGGAUGUGCCUCACAGGUGCAGCUCUCACUUUGAUGCGGUGGCCCAGAUCCGUGGGGAGGCCUUCUUCUUCAAAGGCAGGUAUUUCUGGCGGCUGACCCGGGACCGGCACCUGGUGUCACUGCAGCCAGCACAGAUACACCGCUUCUGGCGGGGCCUUCCCCUGCAUUUGGACAGCGUCGACGCUGUGUAUGAGCGCAGCAGUGACCACAGGAUCAUCUUCUUCAAAGGAGACAGAUACUGGGUAUUUAAGGACACUAACGUAGAGGAAGGAUACCCACGGCCCAUCUCAGACUUCGGCCUCCCGCCGGGUGGUGUCGACGCUGCCUUCUCCUGGGCCCACAAUGACAAGACUUAUUUCUUUAAGGACCAGCUGUACUGGCGCUACGAUGAGCACAUGCGGCGCAUGGACCCUGGCCACCCCGCCCCGAGCCCCCCAUGGAGGGGCAUCCCCAGCACACUCGAUGAUGCUAUGCACUGGUCCGACGGGGCUGCCUACUUCUUCCGCGGCAAGGAGUACUGGAAGGUGCUGGACAGUGAGCUGGUGGCGGCGCCUGAGUACCCACAGUCCACGGCCCGGGACUGGCUGGUCUGCAAAGACCUGCAAGCAGACUCCGAGGCCACAGGCAUGGACGGAGAGGCUGGGGCCCACCCCCAAUCAGGACAGCAUGACCAGAGCCGCUCAGAGGAUGGCUAUGAGGUCUGCUCCUGCACCUCCCUCGCUGCCCCUGCCCCAGGGACCUCUGACCCACUGCUGGCCACCACACUGCUGCUGCUGCUGCUGCUGAGCAUGCUAUGGACAGCGGCUCAGGCCCUGGUGCUCUGACAGCCGGCAUGGCCUUUAAGAGGACAGACAGGUCUAAAGCCCGGGCCACGAAGGGCAAGGAUGAGUUCCCCCACUCCUCCAGCACCCAAAACAAGAGUUCCUGGAGCACCACAUGGCCACAGUGCCUUGGGGACCCAGCCCUGCAGACAAGGACUGGUUGCUGCCAGCCCCUGGGCAAAGGCCCCCUGGUCCAGUCUGUCUGGGCUGGGAAGAGGCCAGCAGAGGGCGCUGCUCCUUAGACGCGGUGGGCAGCGGCUGGCUGCUGGACACAAGGAGCAGACACCCGCCCUUUCUGCCACUGCCUGCUCAGCUGUGAGUCAGGGAGACUGUCAAGCCUUGGGUAGGGGGCAGGGAGCUGUCCCCUCAGCAAGCAAGUGACUGCACCACGCAGUACUUACCUGAUGGGCCGAGGGGCAGGGCCAACUGGACCUCUUUCCAGCCAGCCGGCCAGUGCUGCCAACACUGUCGCUGUCCACACAGCCACCCCUGGUGCUUCUACUCUGUCCCAGUGGGCCUGCUGCUUGCCUAGCUCAGGGCAGCCCCCAACACACAGACCAGCCCCGAGCCGGGGCCACAGCCUGUUUCCCCUUGUGACAAGUUUCGGACAAACAUGACCUUUCCCUGCUCCAUGACUGCUCAGCCUGGGCUCCCUGACACCCACCAGGCCUGGGCCUUGGGAUCUGGGGGCUUCCGGGAAGGCCUGCAUGCUGGGAGUUUCCUCUCAUGUCCGCCAGCCCUUUUCCUGUCUGUCCUCCUGGACUCUGCAUGCCCCGGGGUUGUCACACCCAUUUUAUGGCUGGUGGCUGACCCAACAUGGGAAGUGGGGCUCCUGCCCACAGAGAGGUCAGCUGGGUCAGGCCACAUCCGCCCAGGGCUCCCGGGUGGGGCACCUUGCAUGGGAGUGCUGCUCCCACGGGGACAUGCCGGGACGUCAGAGCAGGACACUUCCCUUCCCUGGGGAGGCACUGGAGCCAUCUGCCCCACACUGGUGCUGCCCGGCAGGAAGUACAGGCAGGCAGCUGGCCAACAUCCCUCUGCUCUGGCUCUGAGUUCAGGAUGGCGGCACCACCCUCCCACCCUGGAGGCAGAAAGUGGGUGCACUAUACCCUUAAUGGGAACAUGCUUCUCCCUGAAGCCUAUCUCCCUGCCUGCCCUCACAGGCAGGGACAUUUCAGUGUUUCUCCUGGGGAGGGAGCACUCCUUGCCCAUCUGUGGCAGCCACAGAUGACCCUGGGGGGCCACCUGGGUCGAGACCCCGGGGCUGGGAAGGGGCCUUCUAAACACUUGGAGGAAAAGUAGGGUUGAGGUAGGGAGGGAAGUGGGGUGGUGAGCAACAGGACAUAAGGUGGGGCUCGGCAGAGCCAGGUGCUCCGGCCUUCCCUAAAUGGGAUCAAGCAGAGUAUUACCUGAUGGGCCGAGGGGCAGGGCCGACUGGACCUCUUUCCAGCCAGCCGGCCAGUGCUGCCAACUCUGCAGCUAUCCACACAGAAAUACUCUGCUUGAUCCCAUUUAUGUACAUUUACAUUUUAAAAUAUCGAAAUAACCUCAUAUUUACAGAGAAGUUGCAGAUAGAGUACACAACCCAUUUUUACCUAAGUCAUUUGGGAGCACAUUGACCACCCACAGCCCUGGUGACAGCUGGCUGGCUACUCUAGCCCCCAAACUGUGAUGGGAAAGCAUGUGAACCAUGGCCAGGGGGUCCAUGAAGGCAACUCUGAGUGGGUUCAAGGUAACCAAGAGAGAAGAUCCGAGGGGUGGGGACAGCAGGUGCAAACGUCCUGGGGUGGGAUAGGCAAGGAGGACUUCAGGGAGCCAAGAGGGCAGGGCCAGCCACAGGGACUUGCAUCCUACUGUAAGGCAGGAGCUGGCUGCAUAAAUUCUCUGUUUCUCAGAGAUGGCAUGGGCUCCAUGGCUGCACGGCCCCACCCCACCAAGGCUGGGCAGCAGAGGCGGGACCAGAAACCCUGCCAGGCUCAGGGCCUGUCCAAGAUGCCUGACUGCCUCUGCCUGGCAGGCAGGCUCCAGGCCAGACCCUGUGCUCACUGAGCCAAGCUGGGCCACAUCCCACGACCGUCUGUCCGCCAUCUGGUCCCUGAAGCUGGGAGGGUUCACUGCUUAUCAGAUCAGACUAGAUGGGCUGGGACCCCUCUCCGGGGGAGCAGGCUGCCUCCCGCUCAUCCAGCAUGCCCCAGAGGCCCCUGUCCAGUUUGGGAAAUAGCCCAGAGAGGGUCCCCAGGUCCACUCGGCACACCAUAGGGCAGGGCCCACCCAGGUGGACCAGGUAUGUGGGAACCAGGCUCUCUCACGGUGCAGGGGCAGGGAGCUUACUGUUGUGUUAAAGCCACUCACUUUUUUAUGAUCUCUUCCCUAAUCUGCUCCUGUGAACAAGUAAACAGCAGGCACAGACAUAGUGAAUCUCUCGGUGUUCACAUGGAACAAAUUAGCAGUAAUAGCAACUCCCACUAGGGGUCUGGGCAUCUGAACAAACCCACAGAAAUACUCUGCUUGAUCCCAUUUAUGUACAUUUACAUUUUAAAAUAUUGAAAUAACCUCAUAUUUACAGAGAAGUUGCAGAUAGAGUACACAACCCGUUUUUACCUAAGUCAUUUGGGAGCACAUUGACCACCCCCAGGCACUAUUCUGUGUAUUUUCCUGUAAACUCUUACUUUCUCUCAAGGUCAAAUCAGAAUAAGGAGACACAGCAGCCUGUGCUGGGGCUCUGCACUAGUCCUGACAGCACUCUUCCUCAAGGGGACCCGACCCAGCCCCUGGUCUUCCCAGACCUCCACAACCUUGGGGCUCAUGAAGGUUGCAGGCUGGCUGUGCUGUAGGCUACCGCUCAGUAUUGGGGCCUGAAGUGUCCCCCCAGUUACAUUCCAGUUGUGUAUCUUCAGCAGGAAUGUCACAGGAUGAUGCUGUACAAGAAUCUUUCAAUUUUAGGUAAGUCACCAAUGAAACACCUGGUGAUUUCAUGUAAAAUUCUGGAUUUUCAAA